UUUGGUCAUCUCCCGAGCGGAGCUGUGAAACUGAAGUAAGAACGUUGGUUUGGCCGUCUGUGGUUUGGCACCUACAAAACAGAACGCUUUCCUUACAUGGCAUUGUUUUUGUUCGGUUAUAGUUGGGUACAGUGAGCGUGUAUGCGUGCGUGCUAGGUUUCCCAGUUGGCGUCGGUGACAGCGCGGCAUGAGUGCUCGACGGGGAGCGCCUUCCGAGCCGGUUGCGACACCGAGGCGACCGCAGCGUGUGAAACGCUCCACGCCGGUGCUGACGUCGCGCGCCGACCCAGUGGUGCAGAAGCUGCGCGCCAGGUUCGAGCCGCAGCUGCUGGACGCUGCCUCGAACCGCCUCGGGAGGAAGCAACCGACGGGAAGCGACGACGGCUCUGAAUCCGGAGGCGCGGUUUGUGACAAGCGAGCGUCGGUUCUUCAGCGGGCCCGCCAGUACGACGCUUUGAGCACGUCGCGCCCGCCGAGAACGUCCAUGCAGCAGCCGUCCGCGCCGAUCAAGCCUCCGCGGACGUUCGCUCACGAUAUCUACACCGAGAUGAAGCAGCGCGUGUGGCCGAACGCCAGCAGGCGCGGCACGGCGCUCUCGGCCGACGACUCGGUGGUCGCCCACGACUACGACGAGGUGUACGUCAGCGAUGGGAUGCGGCGCAGUCUAAGCGACGAGCACAUCUAUGCCGAACCCGGUGCGAGUCGCAGCUGCGCAAAGCCUCGGGAGCUCCACUACAUGAGCUCUCCAAUAUCCGGUAUCAUUGAAGCUGGAGCACUUUCACCAGGAACUCGACGGGGUGUCACAUCACAGAUCAGAGAUGCCAUCCGGCAGUCCUUCACACUGGCCCGGCAGCAGCUGUCCCAGAAGCACAGGCGAGACGGUGCUGAUGGCGAGACACAACAGGCGGACAGCAGCAGCGAGGUGUCCAUCAAGGACGUCCAGAAGAGGCUGGUUUAUGUCAGGUCCAUCAAAAGGGCAUACACGUACAGUGCGUCGUGCGACAGCUGUGGCGAUGGGGCAGAGAAGCUCUUUGAGUUUGUGCUGCUGAUCGGCUACCGGUGCAUCGACCCCAGCAUGUCACCCCAGCCUGAUGUGCUGCACCGCUAUCCCAAGGAGACAGACUGUCCUGGCUAUGACCCUGUGGUGAUUGCCCAUCUCUGUAUGCCGCAAGAGUUUGGCUCUCAACAUGCUGCCUCACCUGAAAGGUGCCUGUUCUUCUUUACACUAGUCCGGGAGAAUGGCGAGAAGACCUUUUUCCACUGCUUGCAGACACACAAGGGGAUGACAAGAGGAGGAGCCCCUAUGGCGUGCCCAGGGACCCCCGUUGUGCUGUGCCUAGCCACCAGAGCAUCUGCUCCAGCCUUCUACCACAAGCUGCUGGCCGACCUGGAGGUGCCCCUGCAGCGUCUGCCUGAGCCAGGCUGGACUGAGCUGCUGGCCUCACUUGCCCAGCAGAGCCUGCCCCUGCCUGGGUGCAGGCUAGUGCGCUUCUCCCUGGGACAAGAAGGUGUCACCACUGCCCGGCCUCUUGAUGACAAAUUCGACUGGGCACGACUGACACCCCUGCUUGCAAUGCUGGAGCCGCUCGUGCUAAUGCGGAUUGUCUCAUCGCUCAUCCUGGAGAGGAGGAUCAUUCUGGUCUCGGAGGACAGCAGGCUGGUGCGAGGCUGGCUCGAGUCCCUGGAAUGCCUGACGUACCCUUUCCGGUGGCCGCACGUACGAGUGCCCCUGGUGCCCAAGAGCCUGCUGGCCCUGUGCUCUUCAGCCGAGCCAUACCUGCUCGGGGUGCAUGCCGACCUAGCCCACACUGCGCUUGAGCUGCUCUCGGGACCGGUGCUGGUGGUGGAUGUUGAUCGGGGCACCUUGCUGUGUGAGGACGAGGACAACCGAGAUGUGGUGCCCAAGAAGCUGCGGCACUCUCUUUGCACUGCACUCAGCCUGGCCAAGAACAUGACUGAUCCGACGGGCUGUGUGCGAGACAUGAUGAUCACAGAGGCCUUCAUUCGUCUGUUUGUUGAGCUGGUGGGACAUUGUGACCAGCACAUCACCCUGUCAGAUGACCUCAAGGAAUCUACUUUUCAAGGUUGUUCGAGCAGCGGGCAGGUGAAUACUUGCUGGACCUUGAGCAUACAAGCCAUGGCCUGCGGGAGCUUGGCAAGAAGGUCAAAACAAUUGGAAAAGUUGCAUCCAGCCAGUUUCGUGCUCGGCUGCUGCUGUGUGCGGGUGCCCCAUCUUGCUGAUACUACAGAAGUGAAAGACGUGACAGUGGGACUUCGCUCCUUCAAGGAUUUUGUUCACGUAAUGCUAUCCAGUCAGUGUGUGAUCCAAGAUGAGACCGAUUAUAGCACCGGCGUAAAUUCCAAACAGCACAUUGAGCGACCACUGGCACUGGUGCCGAUUGCACCUUACCCAAUGUAGAUUGGAGUACCUCUAAUAGUGUGCAUUAUGCAAAUUUACCUAGGUGUUUCUGCGAAAAUUGGCUUCAUCUUUUCCGAAGCUUUCCGCAUUCAUAUUAGUGGCGAAGCAUGUGUAAGCCUUCCCUCUAUUUCGCUCCUUCCGAAGGAGAUUGCCUUCCUAUCGCAUUAAUUGCAAUCGCCCCUGCACAUGCACAAUUCUUUUGAUUCUUUGGUUUGAGAUAGCGGCGGAGUAUAUACAUGCUGACUGAAAGAAUAAAGCCACUUUGGUUGUUAGUCAG